CUCUUCCACGAUGGCUUUUCCAUACAAAAAAAUACUCCUUAUCGGAGCUACUUCGGGCAUCGGUCGAGCCUUAGGUGCCAGCCUGAUCCAACAUGGCCGCUUUGUAAUUGCAGUCGGUCGGCGGCAGGAAAAUCUUGAUCGCUUUGUCCAAGAACACGGCACGGAGAAUGCAGCCGGCAUUCAGUUUGAUAUCAACAAGCUGAAUGAAAUCCCACAGUUCGUGAAAAGUGUCACUUCGUCCCAUCCGGAUCUGGAUUGCGUCUUCGUCAACUCGGGAAUGCAACGGCGGUCGGUCUUCACAGAACCGGAAUCAAUCUCUAUCGAUGAGAUCCAGGCCGAGAUGACUGUCAACUAUAUCUCUUACGUCUCACUGACGAAAGAGUUCCUGCCGUUUUUCAUGGCUAAAGAGAACUCACUGACUUCGUUUAUAUUCACCUCGUCGAAUCUUGCCCUGGUUCCGAUCCUUCGCUGCUCCAACUACUGCGCUUCAAAGGCCGCACUUCACCAGUGGGUCUUGUGCCUACGAGAACAGCUCAGGGACACCAACAUCAGAGUAGUUGAGAUUUUUCCGCCAAUCGUACAAACCGAACUACACGAUGAAAAGAACCAACCUGAUAUGGCCCACAUGCGUGGUCGGGCCUUUGGUAUCCCCGUCGACCAAUUCACUACAGAGGCGAUGAAGAAGCUUUUGGCCGGCGACGACCAGAUCCCCGUAGGAUUAUCUACCAUUGCUUUCGACAGCUGGGAGCAGCAGCGCCAGCAAGCUUUCCAUAGGGUGGUGGAGAUGAUGAGGAAGGGCGAGUUCUAA